AGUACCAUACUACCAUUACUUUGAAGCUCAUCAACCAUCUAAGAUAGUAGUCAUAUAAAUUAGUAAAUAACUUUUAAGCUUAUAAGUUAAUAGUUAUUACUUAUUACUUGUUACUUAUUUCCAAAUUCCUUAUGUCUAUCAUCACCAUUGUGCCAUUGUUUAUUUUCAUUAAUUGAUCCUCGUAUUCUUAGUGCGUGAUAAAAAUUGUUAUAUAUUGUUUUAAGAACAAGACGAUAUCCGCACCGCGGACAACUACAACUUGUUGGAUACGGGAUUGCGGAAAAUUGCUGACUCUUGAUUUCGCAUGUCACGGAAUCUGUUGCCAUUUAUCACCGGUUCGUUCCGUCCUCCUACCGAACGAUGGUACUGACGGAGUGACCUUUGCUUUGGAAUUUUCACCGAUCACUUCUGAAAGUCCCUGUCGUCGAUGGUGAGGCCAUGUCAACAUGACGAAUAGCAUAACCAGCAGCUGCUGACAAUUGAUAAGACACCUGCUCAUGGUAAAUUGGCAGUACCUAUAUAGGUCUGUGAGCUUGUAGGCACGCAAGGUGUAAGUAUUUAAAAUAGUGUGUGUGCUAGAGGUGGCAAAUGGUUGCCAUGAAAAAAUUGCAUGACAGUCGCGGAGCUGAACCCGCCACGGACGCCAGCGAAUCAGUCAAGAAAUUGUACAAGAGUAUAAAUGAUGUUUCUCAUUUUUUGGAUGAUCAACGUGGUAGGUCUUUGUCUUGCAAAGAUCUUUUUACCGCUACUGUUGAUACACAGCGAAUAAAAUUAAAAAACUAUUGUGAAAGGAUGAUGCUUGCAGAUCCAUUAUGUUAUGGCCGAAAGGCUGAAGAUAUCAUGUGGCGUAAAACUUAUCAUGAUGUUUAUUCUACUGCUAAAAUUUUACGCAAAAAUAAUGAUUGGAAUCACAUGGAAUUGGCACUAAUAGAAAAUCAUUUUCAGUCAGGCAUUGGCAGUUAUUAUCAUUUACUAUUCAAAUUUCAAGCAGAAAUGAAAUUCAAUAAGCCUGAAUUAUUUGAUUUUUAUCUACUGGUAAAUGAUGAUACAGAUAAUAAUGUCAAAAAAGAUCAUAUUACUUUGUUGAAAAAGAAUGAUAUUGGUAACAAAGAAGAAGUUGGUAUGAAACAAUUAGUUUACCGCUGCUUGAUAUGUUUGGGAGAUUUGUCACGAUAUAUGUAUGAACUAAACAAACUAGAUUUAUAUUAUUCAACAGCUUGUCGGUAUUACAAACAAGCAUUAAACUAUAAACCAGCAAAUGGACUUCCGCAUAAUCAAAUUGGAAGAUUGGCACUAUCCAAUAACAAACAUUUAGAUGCUGUUUACCAUUAUGUUCGAUGUGUUUUUAGCAUUGAACCAUUUGAAGGAGGAGAAAAAAACUUAAUAUUAUCAUUGCAACAAAAGUCUGAACCAGUUGGAAACGUAUUUUUAGAAAAACUGUUUUCUGUUUUUGAUUUAUGGUAUACUGGAAAAAAAGAUAGUGGGCAAGAGUUAGAUAAAAUAUAUUCUAGCAUUAUAAGCUUUCUGCAGAAUUUUGAUGAUUUUAAGAACAAAAAUAGUACAUCUGAUAAAAAAAAAGAAAUUAAUAAGGAAGAUACCCUAACACCUGCAGUUAAGGAUACUAUACAAUUUUUGUCAACUAAUGAAAAUAUAUUCAAAAUUGUUGUUAUCAUAAUAGCGUGCUUAAACAAGUUACAUAAAGAAGAGUCUAAAUACAUCCUAAAAGCUGAGUUAUUCUUUUUAUCACUAAUGGAACACUUAAUUGGGCAUAGUGUAACUUACUGUGUAAAAAACUUACCGCUGUUAGUUAAUCCUAAUAUAGACCAUGUAAAAUUAAACCGCAGACGUCGUAGGCGUGGUUUUAGACAAAAUUCUUCUCCAGAUUCUCAAGAAUGGAGUGGAGAUGAAGCAGAAAGUGUAAUAAGUCCUGAUGACGAAUCAGAUGAUGACAGUGAAGAAGAGAUGUUAAUAUUUGAUAUGAAAAGACCCAAUGAUGACAAAUCAAAAAAUGAAUCUGACGGGUCGAAUGAUAGUGGUACAUCAUCAUUUGGUUGUGAAAAUAAAAGUAAUUCAAAAUCUCCGUUAUCAAACAUACCAUUUAUUGAAACCAUAAAGAUAUAUUUUGAUUGGAUUCAACCAAACAUAGAUUCCAUAAAUCCUGAAGCUUCAGUUGAAUUCUUUAACAAUACUGUUACACUUUUAAAUUACUUGUCGCAAGCUAAUAUUGAAGACUCAUUCUUAGAUAUUGACACCAAUCGGUUUAUGUUACCAGAAGAAGUGCAUUUACGUGGCAUGACUGUUUUUUCCAAGUCUAAAAAAUACUGUGGAGAAUAUGAUCACAAUAUUUGUACUAAAAAUGAGGGAAUGGUUCGAUUAAUACAUAUAUUACAUUGUGCAGAAGAAAUAGCAUCCAACAAUGUAUUAUUCACUUAUGACAAAAUCAAAAAAUGGUUUUCAAUAUGUGGUUCUUUAAAACAAACCGAUGAAAAAUCAUUAAAAGACGCGAAAAGAGACAAACAACACGUGAUGGGUCAACUGUGGCUCCGGUCGGAAGUGGACAAUCUGGAGUAUAAGAUGAAAUACUCCUCGAGAAAAAAGUCAUUACCCACAUGCAUCGUGAUCGAUACAGAUGCUUUGAUUAAUUAUUCGUUGAUAAUCAAGAAACUUGUUAACAGCACCAAGUUUAUUGUAGUAGUACCCGCAAUCGUAAUAUCGGCAUUAGACGAACAAAAGAAACUAAGCAAAGAAGUCAGGUUGACGAUACGUUGGUUAGAAUUUCAGUUGCAAGAGGGAAACUGCAACUUAAAGUCCCAAGGAAUACAUGAAUCAUUACCAAUUAAACUAGAUGGUCCACCGAAAUUGAGCAAAGAAAUUUGUAAUUUCAAACAUAUUUUGGAAUGUUGCAACUAUUUUACAGAAGAAUAUGGUGAGAAUACAGGACUUGUUACGUUAAUUACAGGGUCAGACGACCUAAUGGAAUCACCAGAGCUCAUGGAAAUGGCUAAAUCAGUCAAAAUCAAUAUUGAACACAUAAAGACAUUCCAAUACCAAUUAAAAACAGUGAAAAACAAAGGAUGAAACAUGGUUUUGGUUUAAAAUAUUGAUUUUUAUUGUUCACUCAAUGGUGCAUCAAUGUAUACAAUGACAAGAAUUUGGUUGUCAAUCACACCGCGCUGUUUUGAACACGUGGAUCAGAUUUAACUUACGGGAAUAUUGAAGACCUCGAUGAACUUAUUUUUUACAUCCGUUACGAAUAUAAUAUAUAAAUCAAGGUUAAAUCCAAAAACGAGAAAAACGUUUUUUUUUUUUAUUAUUAUUAUUAUUAUUAUUAUUAUUAUUAUUAUUAUUGUGUUGUAUAUACUUUGCGUACAACAUUAUUAUAUAAAGAAGAUUUCAAGGUAUAAAAUGUUGUAUACCUGACCGAUGAUGACCAUUUAACUGUUCGUCAUAACGACUAUGUCCAACUUUCCUCAUCGUGCUUAUACGACGUGUAGUAAAUCACGUUAGUAGGUAUACAUGUAGUUUAUUAUUUUAUAAAUACCCUUUUUUUUAUAAAUUUAAUACAUUUGAAUGUUAUCAUUUUAUCAAUAUGAUGUUUAACUCUUCUUUCUAAGGUUUUUAUUUUCAUUUUAUAGAUCUUAUUUUCAAACGAUUAAAUAUAGAUUUAAUAAUGCUUGUAGAAAUCCA